UAAAACACAUCUUUUUGUUUACUUCUUUUUUUAAUAAUAGGUGUCUCAGCAGGAAUAAAAACUGCAACUGUUUUUUAAAUUUUAAUUUUGAAAUGCUGUGUUACUAUGUAUACUGAAGAAAUAUUUGCUUAAACACCUUAUAUCUUUAAUUAUUAAUCCCCGUCAAGGCAUAAACAGUGAUAUUCUUUGAAAUCAUUAUGACACAGAACAUAUCUUGGAUACUUUAAAAAAAAAAAAGGCUAGGUACUAAAAUAGACAAAUGAAGAUCUUUUCUCUAAAAAAUAUGACAAGCAAAUUGCUUAAGAAAGCAUACAUGAAAUUGUAUAUAUGAAAAAAACUUCUUUAGGAGACUUUCAUAAAGUUAAACUACUUGCAAACCACAGUUUCAUCUACGUCAAUAUGCAACAUUUUAAAACCACACAAAAAGGAAAGGAAAUUUUUAGUAAAGCCAGCAGCCUGCAAUGGGGCUGCUACUGCUGCGGCUAACCAAACAGCUCAUGCUUCUCUGAAGACUUGCAGCAAGGCCUGCUGAGGCUCACAGAAGAUAGCCCCAGUGUUUUGGAGUGGUUUUGAAUGUGAUUCUGAGAUCAGACUGACUGAAUUGGAAUCCUGGCUUUGUAUCUUACCAGCUACACAACCUUGGAGUCUUAGAAAUUUUUUCUUUUCAAUAAGCAGUCAUCCUUACUUUCCCUCAAGAUGACAAACAGUUCGUUCUUCUGCCCAGUUUAUAAAGAUCUGGAGCCAUUCACGUAUUUUUUUUAUUUAGUUUUCCUUGUUGGAAUUAUUGGAAGUUGUUUUGCAACCUGGGCUUUUAUACAGAAGAAUACGAAUCACAGGUGUGUGAGCAUCUACUUAAUUAAUUUGCUUACAGCCGAUUUCCUGCUUACUCUGGCAUUACCGGUGAAAAUUGUUGUUGACUUGGGUGUGGCACCUUGGAAGCUGAAGAUAUUCCACUGCCAAGUAACAGCCUGCCUCAUCUAUAUCAACAUGUAUUUAUCAGUUAUCUUCUUAGCAUUUGUCAGCAUUGACCGCUGUCUUCAGCUGACACACAGCUGCAAGAUCUACCGAAUACAAGAACCUGGAUUUGCCAAAAUGAUAUCAACCGUUGUGUGGCUAAUGGUCCUUCUCAUAAUGGUGCCAAAUAUGAUGAUUCCCAUCAAAGACAUCAAGGAAAAGUCAAAUGUGGGUUGUAUGGAGUUUAAAAAGGAAUUUGGAAGAAAUUGGCAUUUGCUGACAAAUUUCAUAAGUGUAGCAAUAUUUUUAAAUUUCUCAGCCAUCAUUUUAAUAUCCAAUUGCCUUGUAAUUCGACAGCUCUACAGAAACAAAGAUAAUGAAAAUUACCCAAAUGUGAAAAAGGCUCUCAUCAACAUACUUUUAGUGACCACGGGCUACAUCAUAUGCUUCGUUCCUUACCACAUUGUCCGAAUCCCAUACACCCUCAGCCAGACAGAAGUUAUAACUGAUUGCUCAACUAGGAUUUCACUCUUCAAAGCCAAAGAAGCUACACUGCUCCUGGCUGUGUCGAACCUGUGCUUUGAUCCUAUCCUGUACUAUCAUCUCUCGAAAGCAUUCCGCUCAAAGGUCACUGAGACUUUUGCCUCACCUAAAGAGACCAAGGCUCAGAAAGAAAAAUUAAGAUGUGAAAAUAAUGCAUAAAAGACAGGAUUUUUUGUGCUACCAAUUCUGGCCUUACAGGACCAUAAAGUUAAUUACAACUUUGAAAGAGGAAAAAAAAAAAACAAAAAACUGAGUACGAAAAAAUACAGUUAGCUAGCAAAUAUGGACAGGUUUACUUAGAAAUCCUGUUUCUAAAUGCAAGUCAAGCUUUAUUGUUGGGCUUGCUGCUACUCAUUAACCCAAAUAUUUGUACAAAAAACUAACGAGUCUCAUUGAAUGAAUGUAAAGUCCUGCAAUAUCCUUGAAAUCCAAAAGACGUCCAUGACAUAGACCCAAAGGUAUUCAUGAGCUAUUCAUUUAAAUGCCUGGAACUGACUUCUUGAUAAAAAUAUGAAAAAUAAUUUCCAUGUAGGUUACCAGAAACCCCACCAGCAACAUAAUUUUAAAGCCUUUCAGAUUACUUUUAAAAAAUGCAGCUUACAUAAAACAACUUGUGCCUAUUUUAUUUCUAAUCCAUCACUUCAAAAGAUGGUAAUCUUUCAGCUCAUUACUCCUCCAAUUUUUAAUGUCGAAUUUUUUUCCUAACACAAUAACCAAAAGCUUUUAUUUAUAAAAAGGCUUGAAAAAUAUA